AUGUGUGUCGGCAUCAUCAGUCAUUGCGGCUGCGUCCGCUGCCUCGAUCGCACGACCCCCGGCAGGCUGUCCCGCGUCGAGUUCUGCCUUGAGCAGCAGGACGCGCUGAUCGGAGUGUGGACGCCCUUCAACCCCCCCGACCGUCUCGUCGUCCCGUGCGCCAACAUGACCUACAAGCGCGUGCUGGACAACGAGUCCUGCUACUUCAAGCGGAAGGCGGCCAAAGAACUGGCCCUGCAGCAGGUGGCCGCCGAUGCGCUUGCCAUCAUGCAGCAGGGGGGUGCCACGUCGGAUACCUCGGACACAACCACUGCCACCACUCCCACCGCUGGCCCUUCCGCCGAGGCCGUGACCGACCCCGAGCUCGGCCAGAACACCAGCGCCAGCCCCGGCACUCGCUCUUUCACCCCCAUCAACAAGCCGGCCACCACCACCAACAAUACCAACAGCCGGCUCACCCGUUCGGGCCCCAACCUCGGCCCCUACCCCCGCCUGACCGCGACAGGCCGCAAGCUCCUGCCCGACAGCCGCCCCCGCCCACAGAUGGGCACCUUCCCGGCCGUCCGCGCUGCUCCCAUCUCCCCGGCCGCCCCCGCCACGGCUCCCACCACCACCGCCGCUCCUCCCGCUCCCGCGGCCACCGCCACGACCACCGCUCCAGCUGCCCCCGCCACCACAGCCACGGCCACAGACCCGGCCACCCCGGCCAGGCCUGCCAAGCGUGCCCGUCGCUCCCCGAAUGCGGCGGAGUACGCCAGCAGCAGCGGCAGCAGCACCAGCAGCGCGACCGAGUGCGCCAGCGGCAGCGCCGGCGGGGCCUGGACGUAUGAGGAGACGAUCAAGCUCCUCCUGUUGCGGUCCAGGCAGGUGGAGUACCCCGACAUGGAGAGGUACCUCCCCGGCCGCGACGGCGCGGCUUGCUUGGACCGCCUUUGCGGCCUGGCGGUCAAGUACGGCUACGAGGACUACGUCUGA